GCCAACUGCACAACCCAUCACCAUCACCCUUGGCUUCUUUUCACCAAACUGAAGGAGGUCACACCUGGUGCAACAGGCAGGGUCGAUGAGAAAUUUGUUACGCGGGGUUCCACACAGUUUGACCUCAUCCAACCCACAUCAUAUCAUUCCCAGCAAGGCUCCUUUUAGGCAUCAUCUCUUUCUGCUCAUACUCACGGAAACAUCCGGCAGUUUGCAAUUCCCCACUGCUGCAGGUGUCACUGUCUGUCACUGUCAGUCAGCCUUAUUCUCGGUACUUUGAUUUGCCAUCGCAAAGGGUCUUUCACGUUGCAGCCUUGGCACCCCUGCAGGGCCCAUUCACUGCCCCGGCUAGGAAUCAACACUUCCCAAGCAGCAGCCAAGCAGCAGCGCGUCAGGUUGCCAACAACUUUUCGAGUAUCGAUCGACAUCCUCUCCAACUGAACCUCAAGGGGGACCUCGACUCUCGGGUAAACAGCAUUUUCAAGUCAAUAGGAACACUGAAACGAAAUCUACUUAUCUAGGCUGAGACCACUAGUAUUAUAUGUCAUCGUCAGCAGUCAUGGAUCUGCCGACACCAGACCCAGCACCCCAGGGUCCAUCAAAACCCGAGGGGCUAUCCGAGCAAUUCAUCGCAGCGGUUCUUAGGCACACUCGCAUGCAGGACGAAGAGGUCUCCAAGCAGCACCAGAACCUGCGCAAGGAGAUACGGGAACUUCAGGACCAGGCCGCCAACUCCGAGGCCAGUUACUGGCGAGAUUAUCACAAGCGGCUCGCAGUGAUCAUCGCCGGGAACCCAAAGGGAGGCACAAGCAGUUGCAUGACCACUUUUGCAAACAACGAGAGCCGUUUCCUAAACGAGGUAGCAAACCACCAGAUCCAGAUCCAUCUUGAGGUGCUACAAAGACAGGCUGAGCUGGCGGCGGUCAACCGUGACGUCUGGGCUGUGUGGCGCAAGCACGUUGACUUUGUGAAGGGCCUGCCUACGCCUCCAGCCCUAAUACCCGAUGCGACGGUGCCUGCUGAUGAGCCUCAGCCUACCGACAACCAGACAGGCAGUCCUUCACCGUCUGCAUCUUGCAAUAACCCCGGUCGAAAAGACAGCGAACCGAUCUUGACUACAGCGACCACCGGGGACACGCAGAGCACCGCGGGCAGCCGCAGCGCACCAAGCAAGCCGCUGCCAAAGUCACUACCCAAAAUCUCAACAAGUGUGGCGGAGGGUGGGAAGGCUGAAGACUCCAGCCUCACCCAGACCACCAAGGAGCCGAAGGGUAAGGGCAAGGCCACGUGGAUGGCUCCAAACACCAGCCCCUCAUCUCUACCAAGCCCCUCGCUGUCGCAACCCGAGACAGGCGUGUUUCCCCCUCCAGCUCCCCCAGGCAACGAACAGAAGCGCCGAGCACCCGGUUCCACGGAAACAGCACCUCCUCGGAAGGCCAGCGUCACUGGGCCACAAUCCUCAACCCAGGCAAGAGCAUCUGCCCCUCUCGACAACCCAGCCGAGUCCAUACAAGAGCCUCAAGAUUCUGGUCCACCAGCCAAGCGACGCAAGACUCCAUCAGCAGGGCAUCAAGAGCAACUCGCGUCUACUUCCACCAGCACUAUCAAAUCUUCCCCAUCAGCUGCUGUGCAACAGCGAGCCGCUACACUGAGCAAGGGCGGUGGCUUUCGCGGCGUCACAAACCCUGUCGUGGGUGAUGUUUACCAAGGCUACUACAAGGACGGUUCUCGGCAGGGAUGGUGGAUGUGUACUGUGUUGCCGUGGGAUGCCUGGGAGCGUCAGGUCGGCAUCGGCCUGACCUUUAAGAACGCGCUCCUGUGGAACAACUGGCCAGAGGACCAAUAUGAGAUCGAUCACGUGCAAGCUAAGGGUUCGAAGCGAAAGAAAACCAAGGUCAUCACAGGCUGGAAGGAGGAGUACCAGCUGACGGGCUCCAAGGUGAAGGAGCGCAUGUUCCCGGUGCUAUUCUUUGACGACAACAAGGGCGAGCCGGGCAACCUGCAGUUCCCGGCGGACCCUACGAAACCCGUCACCUUUAAGGGAGAUGCGUGGAAGGCUCUGCCCAUCGAGUGGAUCGCCUCCAAGGACCUGAGAGUGCCUGGUGCUUACGUCGGCAGCCGCAUUGAGGGGCGCAUCACGGCUCAGAGGUUCAAGGAGAGGUUGAAGGAGCGGAAGGCCCUUCGGGUGAAGACGUUGUCAGCCCCGGGGAAGAAGGCCGGCAGAAUUUCCGGAAAGGACAGCACGCCCAUGAAGGCGGCUUCUAGGACGAAUGACUCUAUGCUGGACGACUCUAGGCAGCCAUCCGCCACGGCGAAGCCUUCACCGGGUACGAAGCCGCCCCCGAGGCCGAAAUCCCCUCUUAUGUUCAAGCAAUAUCAGCCUGCAAAUGUCACCAAGAGGUCUGUUUCCACACCCAAGACUUCAUCGACCGUCAAGACUGCUUCGACCCCCAAGGCUGCUUUAAACCGCGAGGCUGCCUCGACACCCAGGGUUUCUUCGGAGACGAAGCAAUUUUCGACAGCCAAUGCUGCUUCGGCCCCCAAGGCUUCCUCAACCCCUAAGUCUCCUUUGACUAUCAACACUUCAUCCACACCCAAUCCUGCAUUGGACAACAAGAGUUCUUCGGACCCCAAUCCGUCUUCGACCAUGGAAUCGGAGGCUACCCGCCCUGCCCGUAAGCGGUGGCCUGCAACUUUGUACGAAAUACCAACAGGCCCCUUAUUUGCUCCGCCCGGCACUCCCCGUUUGCCGUCUAGAGUCUAGGAAAUGAGACUGUCUCCAGAGCAGGAAGGUGAAGAGGACAGCGCCGGAGUGGGGAGUUCUGGAGAGGGGAGUUCUGGAGAGGGGAGUUCUGGAGAGGGGAGCGCCGGAGAGGGGAGCGCCGAAGAGGAGAAUUCUGGAGAGAGGAGUUCUAGUGAGGAUUCUAGUGAGGAGGUUUCCGAAGAGUGGAGUCCUA